CAAUUUUUAUUUCGACAAAAAUCAACAAAUAAACCGUAACUUGCGAAUAUUAUUAGCGAAAAAUCGAAAGCAUGGGCAGCAACGACAGAGCCUCCAGAUCCCCACGUUCGGAUGAUCAGCGCGAAAUUACGGAGAUGCCAGCCACAAAGCGAACGCGCUCCGACUCGGGCAAGUCCACGGAUUCGAAAAUUCCCUACCUUUCGCAGCCUCUGUAUGACCUGAAGCAGACGGGCGAUGUUAAGUUUGGGCCCGGGACACGCUCCGCCCUGCUGGGUCUGCUGGGCGGGGCCCUGCCGAAGCUCACGUCGGAGCAGCAUGACCUGGUCAGCAAGGCCAAGAAAUAUGCCAUGGAGCAGAGCAUCAAGAUGGUGCUCAUGAAGCAGACACUGGCCCACCAGCAGCAGCAAUUGGCCACGCAACGCACCCAAGUCCAACGCCAACAGGCAUUGGCAUUGAUGUGCAGAGUAUACGUCGGCAGCAUAUCGUUUGAGCUCAAAGAGGACACUAUUCGCGUGGCAUUCACCCCCUUCGGUCCCAUCAAGUCCAUCAACAUGUCCUGGGAUCCCAUCACACAGAAGCACAAGGGAUUCGCGUUCGUAGAGUACGAAAUACCCGAGGGAGCCCAGCUGGCCCUCGAACAGAUGAAUGGCGCCCUAAUGGGUGGCCGCAACAUCAAGGUGGGGCGCCCGAGCAACAUGCCACAGGCCCAACAGGUCAUCGAUGAGGUGCAGGAGGAGGCAAAGAGCUUUAACCGCAUCUACGUGGCCUCCAUCCAUCCGGAUCUGUCCGAGGAGGAUAUCAAGAGCGUGUUCGAGGCCUUCGGACCCAUCCUCUACUGCAAACUGGCACAGGGCACGUCGCUGCACACGCACAAGGGCUACGGCUUCAUCGAGUAUGCCAACAAACAGGCCAUGGACGAGGCCAUUGCCAGCAUGAAUCUUUUCGAUUUGGGCGGACAGUUGCUCCGAGUGGGUCGCUCCAUUACACCGCCCAAUGCCCUGGCCUGUCCCACAACAAAUUCGACCAUGCCCACGGCUGCGGCGGUGGCGGCAGCCGCUGCAACGGCCAAGAUCCAGGCCUUGGAUGCGGUGGCCAGCAAUGCCGUGCUGGGUCUCUCGCAGCACCCAACAAACCUCGGAAUGGCUGCCGGGGCAGUGGUCACGAAGGUGGGCAACAUGCCUCUGGUGAAUGCUGCCACAUCGGCGGCUGCCCUCAAUCCGGGCUUGGCCAUGCCAGCCGCUCCCGUGGCGGCUCUGCUUCCUCCUGGAAUCUUCCAGGCUCCGACCCCAGUGACGCCCAGUCUCCUGGGCGUGCCCGCGGGACUCCAGCCUCUGCAGGCCGUCGUUCCGUCACUGCCGCCGCCUGCUCUGCUGGCCACGCCCACACUGCCUCUGCCCGGAACCGGACUGGGUGUGGGAGGAGUGGGCGUUGGCAUGGGCGUGGGUGUGCUUCCCACGGUGGCCGCCCCGUCCUUGGCCAGCGUCGAGGCCACCAACGGAGCUUCGGUGGCCAUUGCCGUGUCGGCGGCUGCCAAUAAUGCAGCGGCCACCGCCGCCAAUCUCUCAGAGAACAUCAAGAAGGCCCACGAGAAGCAGCAGGAGGAGCUGCAGAAGAAGCUGAUGGACGAGGGCGAUGUGCAGACGCUGCAGCAGCAGGAGAACAUGUCCAUCAAGGGCCAGAGUGCCCGCCAGCUGGUCAUGCAGCGGCUGAUGAGGCCAACGGACUCGCGUGUCAUAAUCCUGCGCAACAUGGUGGGCCCCGAGGACGUGGACGAGACCCUGCAGGAGGAGAUCCAAGAGGAGUGCAGCAAAUUCGGCACCGUCAGCCGCGUCAUCAUCUUCAACGAGAAGCAGACGGAGAACGAGGACGACGACGAGGCCGAGAUCAUAGUGAAAAUCUUCGUCGAGUUCUCUGCCGGAGCCGAGGCGCAACGCGGCAAGGAGGCCCUGCACGGACGAUUCUUUGGCGGACGGCGGGUUGUCGCCGAGCUGUACGAUCAGGGUGUCUUCGACCAGGGCGAUUUGUCUGGCUGAGAUUGAGAGGGACGCUUCGAUUCUAAUUUAGGUUAUAGCAUUCUUCUGACCUUAAUUCUGUCAUUUUUUUACUUAGAACUUAAAUGCAAGUUUAUUUAUUAUGUGAGCCCCGGCACGAGAGUUGUUAAUUGGUUGCCGUUGUCCUAUCGCCAGGACCACCCAGAUUAUGAAUAUAAUGAGAUGUUUCUGCAACGCAGUGAUUUAGAUUUAAAGAAUUAGUAGUCCCCCGAGAGAAAGCAAUAGGAAUAGUCGUUUUUUGUGUGUUAUCGAGGCGCAUGCUUUCCCCUCCAGCACACAGACACACACACACACAAACUGACACAGACACUGAAGCGGAAAACUAAAAAAUUUUUGCGUGUACAUUUGAUUAUUUCAGCGCUUAACUUACAAUAAAAUAAAGUCUAGUUACCCAUUAAA